AUGCGCGGUUUGACCCCAUACAGCCGGUUCUCCACAUCGAUCAUCCAGAGCGUAUCGUCGCCGGCCAAGAAAUUCAAGAUCUCUUCCGCCUCCCCAUCCGACAGAAUAACUGGAAUGGCUUCGAUAAGGUCGCGGACGCUGACUGUCUCCAAGUCGCUUGCAUAUAACCACUCUCGUAUAACGGGACAACGGCGGAGACGACGACACCACCCUCCUCAGCCUCACCGUCAGGGCCCUCAAUCUCCUCGCCUCCGUCCUCAUCCAUCACCCGCAUUGUUAACACGAGUGUGUUCUCAGUGGCCAGAAUACCCACCUCGCUCACUGGUCGAGUUUGUAGAAGGUCGUCUUCAAGUAUCGGAGAUGGAGAUUUAG